AACGAUCAAUUCAUUCAACUAUAUCAGAUUGAGAAUGACAAUUGAAUAAAUUGGUUUUCGUAAUCUAGUAUGACCUAAUAAAAUCACCUAACAGUCUGAAUUGCCGUGUUCCGGUGUUGUGUUCAACGAAGCACAUCCUGUAGCGGUAGUAAGGCGGGUUGCACUGGAUCCAACCUCGUGGCUUCGGGCCGGACUACCAGCGUCAGAUGUGGUGAGUGCUCGUUAGAAAGCUGUGGUUACCAGGCGGACCAGCAUGGAGUAUUUCUUCAUCUCUCUGUUUGUUCUCGGACUUGUUCAAUACGGUUCAACAAUUAUGUGCUACGAAUGCAACAGCGCGACCAACAGCCUUUGCCUGGAGACCAAGUUGCCAGACAGUUUGAAGAGGAACUGCUCCGAUCACGACCGCGGUGUGACGCACACGCUGUGCCGCAAGAUAGUGCAGCACGUCGACUACGGGGUCAACGGCCGCGUGCCAGAGAGCAGGGUCAUCAGGGGUUGUGGCUGGGAUGAGACUAAGUUUAAGGGACAGUGCUACCACCGCGCAGGAUACGGUGGCAGGCAGGAGGUCUGUUCCUGUCUGAAAGACUUCUGCAAUGGUGCUCCGGAGACCACAGCCACGACCGCCCUUCUCGCCACUACAACCAUUAUAUUCCUCGGAAAAACUAUUUGUCAAUGACCCGUUCAAAUGUUUUAGUAACCUUUUUAAAAAAGAAGAUGUUCAAAUGCUCUCAAAAACUCAACUCAAAUGACUCAGCACUGUGAGAAAAAUAAUAAAUAAAUUCAAUAAUUA